AGUACUUCGGGUAACCUCAGAGUAAUCAGUAAUUUUUAUUACAGGUCGUUCCCGCGCAGCCGCUCGGAUUAAACGGAUUAACAGUAGACGAGAGCUGGAUUUAGUCUCAACCCGGACUCAGUCUUGGUAAAGUUGAGACUCACUGUCGUUUGAGCGAACGGCGGCUCAAACAUCCACCUUUCAACGGGCUUUUGACUAAGAGUGGCUCAAAUUGCGUCAUCAGCGGCGGCCGCGAAUGUCCAAACUACCAGGAAAUGCAGGUGCGCCGUUGCUCGGCGACAAGUCGCUGGAGUUCUACCGCGACCCGGUGAGCUUCUACCGGCAGCGGGUCGAGAAGCACCGGAGCAGAGUGUUCCAGUGCCGCCUGCUGAACAGACCCACCGCCUUCAUCUGCUCCGUGCGGGGGAUGAGAGAGCUGCUGUGUGAGAAAUCCAACUUGUUCCUGAAGGAUCCCACUGACUUGAUGACCAACAUGUAUGGUGACACCAUCAUCACCACCAAUGGUGAGGAGGCGUGUCUUCUCCGUCUGUCCCUCACCAGCCUGUUUACAGGGAGUUGUCUGGAAUCGUCAAGUGAUUACAUCACCAGUGUAUGUGUGCGCUGUCUGAAGGAUCUGUCUCUCAGCGGGCAGCCAGAGUGCGUCUACUCAGUAUUUAAGCGCCUGGGGACAGAAUUGGUUUUAGGCCUUUUUCUGAACGUCAGAGCGGAGGAGCAGCCUGAACAAUUCCAGGAAAUCAUGCAGCUCUGCACCCAACACUGGCAUGGCCUGAUCUCUGCCCCGGUGAGUGUGAAGGUUCCUCUGUGGUCGUCGGGUUUCUCCACCGCUCUGGACGCCAGAGACAAACUGAUGGACAUCAUCAAAGAUAAACUGGAGAAUGACACACAGGGCUUUGUCGGCUCUCUCGGCUCUUUGCCGCUGCCCGACUCCAACUCUGCCUCCCAGCAUCUCCUGCUCUUCAUCUCGGCUCUGAUCCCCAAAGCUGUGGCGUCUGUUCUCACCUCCUUCACACUGGCACUAAGCGGAAAGGAACAGGAGGAGACACGUCGACGAGCGAGAGAAGAGCCUGAUUACCUGCACAGAGUACUGUUGGAGGUGCAGAGACUCUGGCCUCCCUUCAUUGGUGGACGCAGGAUAGCUGAUCAGGACUCCAACCUCGCAGGGUUUCAUGUCCCCAAAGGUCACGGAGCGAUUUACAUCAGUCAUGGCGUUCACCGUGACCCGGAGGUGUUUGAGCAGCCAAACGACUUUGUACCGGAGAGGUGGAGCGGAAGGAAUGCAGGCCAGGAGCAUUUCCUGUGCUCCUUAGGCAGCGGGCCCAGGAGCUGCAUUGGAUCUAAACUUACAGAUGUCUUCCUUAAGGAAGCGUGCGUGUACCUGCUACAGCACUACGACUGGCGUUUGGACCCUCCAUCACAGGACCUUGAGUACAAAUGGCUGCCUGUGUCCCGCCCCACCAACCCCCCCACCGUGUCUUUCAGCCGACUGGAUCAAACCAGAUCUGACAAGAGCGACACCAGCUAGGCAUGCACAGCAUAUCCCGUGAUGUACAACUUGACAGAUUUUUUAAAAAACAGCCCAAAAACAACAUAUACACACCACCAAAAGAAAGCAGUAAAAGCCAGGACAUGUCUGAAAACGCUGAGAGGGAAGCCGUCUAACCGCGAGGCUUUCCCCGGCUGCGUAUAAUACAGUAGUCGUCCAGGGGAAAGCCGGGGAGUGUGUGUUCCUCUGUCUUUGAGGGAUCUGCACCAAAGGAUAAAAGAAAUGACUCAUGCUUCCAUUGUUAAAUAUGACACUUUUUUUAAUGAGUCAUACAUCACAGUUUAAAAAGAUCAAGAAAACCCCGAAACUCUCUAGCUUAUUAAACUUAACUGCAGUAAGUUGUCCCAUACAUCAGGAGGUUGAACUGAUUUUUUUUCUUCAUUUUUUAUUUGUGAAGAAAUUUUAAUACCUCCAAAGCUGCAAUGUUUAUUUUUAUUGUUUAAAGCACAUAAAUCCAAGAGACACACACACACACACACAGGUGCACACACACACAGAGGUAAGCCCUCAGAUUCCAUCACUGAAGGCAAACCUGUCUACCCCCACCUCCCAUCCACCACCUAGCAACCAUAACUGCUUAGCAACAGUUCGUCAUACUGACACUGACUUGUCUCCCUUUAGUAUGCAAGUCUCUCUCUCCCUCAUGCACGCGCACACACACACACACACACACACACACACACACUAACCUGGUUAUUUUUGAAUGCAGUCAGUAGGUAGGGAUACGCACGCCAUCUGAACCACAUGCAAAUGAUGCCAGAGGAUGUUUCAAAGAACAUACCUACAUUUAAAAUCAUUUGGGUAAUUAUUGAAGGAUUUUUAGCUCAUGAAUCAUAAACUUAUUAUCUGCCUGCUACACUGAUUUGAAAAAAAACCUCAUUUUGAUUUCUUAUUUAUUAAUAUAAAAGCAUAGUUGUUAGCAUUCUGUUUGUCUUUCUUUGAAAUCCGAAGAAGCGUUAAAUGCCUUUUUACGUGUUGGCUGAUUGAGACAAUGUAUACAUUAAUGAGAUUUUUAUGUGACUUGACCAUUGUUCUGCUUUGUUGUUUUAUCAACCUGUGUUCUACAUUUUAAAACAUUUUAAAAAGUG